AUGUUCAGGAAUAAUUAUGAUAACGAUUCCGUUACCUUCUCGCCCCAGGGACGGAUAUUCCAGGUCGAGUAUGCGUCUGAGGCUGUCAAGCAGGGGAGUGUGGUUGUAGGAAUAGUUAGCAAGACACAUGCUGUACUUGUUGCUUUGAAGCGCAACGCAGAAGAGCUCUCCUCCUACCAAAAGAAAAUCAUCGCCAUCGACGAGCACCUUGGUCUCUCCCUCGCCGGCCUCGCAUCCGACGCCCGGGUCCUCUCCAACUUCAUGAAACAACAAUCGCUCUCCUCUCGCCUGACCUACGGCCGCGCCAUCCCCCUCGAACGCCUCGUCUCCUCCAUCGGCGACCGCGCGCAAACCAACACGCAACACUACGGCAAGCGUCCCUACGGCGUCGGGCUCCUAGUCGCGGGCGUCGACGAGACCGGUCCACAUCUAUUCGAGUUCCAACCCUCAGGCAUGACGCAGGAGAUGGUUGCUUGUGCGAUUGGAGCGCGGAGUCAGAUGGCGAGGACGUAUUUAGAGCGGAAUUUGGAUGCGUUUGAGAGUUGUGGGCGGGAGGAGUUGGUUAAGCAUGGAUUGAGGGCGUUGAAGGAGAGUCUGGCGCAGGAUAAAGAGUUGACUGUUGAGAAUUGUAGUGUGGGUGUUGUGGGUAUCAAGGAGGAGGGCAUGAAGCGGAUUGAGGCGUUUAAGCUUUAUGAUGGGGCGGAGGUUAGGCAGUGGGUUGAUUUGGUGGCUGAUGGGAUGGAGGCCGCUGAAGGAACGGAG